AUGGCGCUAUCGGAUAAGGUGACGGGGAACCUGACGACCAUCUACGUGGCGGUGAUCGCCGGGAUUAAGGCGUACGGGAUGGUGCGCGGCCGGUGUUUCGGCGCCGGGUUCGUCCUCAUCGCGUCCACCACGGUGGUGGCAUUAAUCCUCGUCGCCACGCUGACGUGGGACGUAUCGCGGAAGGCCACGUACGCAAUCUCCUGCGAGGGCCACGACAGGGCAGCGACGGCCGCGGCGGCGGGGGAAGGCGAAAUUUGCAAGGGCGGCAUUUGCUGGCACGGAGUGGCGGUCCGGUCGCCGGCGUCUCAGGUUCGGUUCAGGCUACCUCACCACCACCACCACCACCAACAGAAUCAUCCGCAGGUAGCACCUCCUCCGCCGCCGCCGGCGGCGCUCGGCGCGUGGUGA